AUGGUUGAAGGGCAAAAUGAUACAAGUUUAGGAGAAAGUAAAAAAAUUAAUAUGAAAACGAUUGAAUUUGUAAUAAAAAAAUCAGAAGAACUAGAAACAAAUCAUUCAUUAGUUUCUUUCUUAUGUAUUUUAUUUGUUGUGGAGAAGUUAAAUGAUUAUGUCAAAGUUAAUUACGCAGAUAUAGAUAGGAAGAAUGUAUUAAUUAAAUGUUUAAAUAAAGCAGAAGAAAUGAGGCCAUCCUUUGGUUCUCUUGAUUAUAAUGUCUUGUCAAAUUUUUGUGAAAAACUAUUUUUGGCUGCUGAUAAGAAUGAUAGGAAUGAAGUUAUAACAAAAAAAACAUUGCAAAUGUUUUUUACAUCUAAAAUAUUUUAUGAAAUAUUAAAUCAUUUUAAAAAUUUAAGUACUGAAGAAAACAAAAAAUAUGUGUAUGCAAAAUAUAAAACGAUAUAUUUGAAAAAAUGCUUUGAUAAUAAUAUAACACCUGAACCAGGUUCACCCAAAAAUGAGGAUGCUGUUUCAGAGGUUGAUAAUAAGAUUGAUGAUGAAGACAAAGAAGAAGAGGAACAAAUAACAAAUGAUAAAUAUGAACAUUAUGAAGAAAAUAAUAAUGAUUAUUAUAAGGGAAGAGAAAAAAUAGGUACACAAAGUAAAGGAACAGAAGAUAGCGUAGAUUUUAAUUUAAGCCUAAAGCAUGCCCAAUAUGCUGUUAACGCUUUAAUUUUUGAAGACCGAGAUACAGCGAAACGCGAGCUCAAAUUAUCCCUUUCAUAUUUAGAAUAA